CCCACAAAUCCAAAAGGAGAGAAACCAUAAGAUUGAAAGGGGAGAAAACAAUGUCGAGAGCAAGCACUGCUGUUAUAGUUGCGGCCCUUCUCCUUAGCCUCAUGGCUAUCUCUUCGGCUGCUCGGCCCGACCCGAGCUUCUCUGCUCAAUCCGCUGCGAAAAUCCGUCCCGAGGGAACGGAAGGGGAGGAGAGGUGCGAAGGGGACUCGGAGGAGUGCUUGAUGAAGAGAACCUUGGCGGCUCAUUUGGAUUACAUCUACACCCAAAAACAGCCUCCACACACCAAACCCCUCCACUAAAUUAUGUUAUAAAAGAAAAAAAAAUGUUGUUUUUAAUUUAGCAAUCAACUGCUACAAUAAUAAUAUCAGCGGUUCGUGUAUAUGGAGCAAAUCAUUUAUUUUUUUAUUUUUGUCAAAGGGUUGGUGUUUCCAUUACUUUCGAAUCUGUAUAAAAUGCUUUCCAUAUGUUCAUGACCUCGAGAAGAUUUUGUAUGAAUUUGUUUGACGUUCA